AUGCCUCGACGAGAAACCUUCCUCGCAAUCCCGCUCCCCAACCUUCCCCAGUGGAAGGAAAACCUCAUACGGGUGCACCGCACCCCUGGUUUCAAGGGCAAAGCCCGCACCAUCCGUGAAAUCAUCGUCCUUCCUCCUGAAGACACCAUCUUUGCACAUGGAACAUCAUGGUCAAACCGAGACCUCGAUCCCGUGCCACCCGAGCAAAGGAUUUGGCGAAACUGGGACUUCAUCACCUACUGGUGCUCUGACCAGUUCACCAUCGCAACAUGGGAGUUCGGCGCGGUCUUGGUGGCCGAAGGCUUUACUUUCCGCGAAAUCAUUCCCAUCACCUUUUUCGGCUUCCUUCUGACCGGCUUCGCCAUCGCAUUCGCCGGCCACAUUGCCACCAACUACCAUAUCGGCUUUCCGCUGUCGACCCGAAUGUCAUGGGGCAUGCGAGGAGGAGCGUUCCCGGUCUUCGUGCGCGCGUUCAUGGCUCUGAUGUGGCUGUCUAUCCUCAACGUCAGCCUCGGCCAAUGCAUGCACCAGCUGCUUCGUGCCAUCUGGCCGGAUUUCGACAACAUCCCCAAUACCCUGCCCACCAGCGCCGGCAUCACCAGCGCCGACCUGCUUUGCUUCUUUAUCGUGGUCAUCUUGCAGACCCCAUUGACCUUGAUCCCCAUGUACAAGCUGAAGUGGUAUUUUCUGAUGAAGGCCAUUUUGUCUCCCAUCUUGUUCAUCGGCAUGAUGAUCUGGGCGCUUCUCAACGUCCCCGACGGCGGGCCGUUGGUCACUCAUGGCGCGGUUCUCGAGGGUACCACGGCGCAGAAGAACUGGGCCCGACUCAAGGCAUUUGGCGCUGCUGCUGGCUAUUUUGCGACCAUCACUACCAACAUCCCCGACUUUGUCCGUUUCGCCAAACGGCCCGGUAACACAUGGGUGCAGGCCUUAGCAAUGCCAUGUACAGGUAUUCUACCUGUCAUCUGUUCCGUCAUCACCUGCUCGGCCACAAUCAAACUCUGGGGUACCUCAUAUUGGUCACCGGCGGAAAUCCUGGCUCAAUGGGAGAACCGAGGGGCGGUUUUCAUUGCGGCAUUUGUUUGGAUCAUUGCCACCAUUGGCGUCAACCUGUCCGCCAACACCAUCACGGUGGCCAUUGCGCUGUCGUCGUUCUGGCCCAAAUGGAUCAACAACGUCCGGGGUGCAUUGUUAGUCGCCGUGCUGUCAGUCGUCAUUUGCCCUUGGAAGAUUGUCUACAGUGCCGGAAGUUUCUACAACUUUCUCUCCGCCUACCCAUCUCUACUGGGUCCGGUGACGGGAAUCCUGAUAUCCGACUACUGGCUAGUGCGGCGCAAGAACAUCGACAUCCGCCACCUGUACGUCAACCACGGCGGCAAGUUCUGGUUCUGGCAUGGCCUGAACUGGCGGGCCUUUGCGGCCUUUUUGUGCGCCUACGUCCCCAACAUCCCGGGCUUCAUCCACCAAGUCCAGCCGUCCAUCAAGGACGUGCAGCCGUACACAUACGACCUCAACUGGAUCUUCGCCAUUGUCGUGUCCAUCCUGAGUUUCUGGGCCUUCAACUACGCCUUCCCACCCAAAUACAGUCUGUCUGGCGGGCCCGUCCACCCGGACGACGUGGUCGACUGGGCCUCCAGGACGCACAUUGGCGACUGGAGCGACGUCCCGGGCGCCGAGGAGUAUGUGGUCGAAGUGGAAGGUGCUUCAGGCUCUCGGCAAGGACUGGGAGAAGAAGGACGGGUUGUAGUGGUUGAGACUAAGAUGCCCACUGCCACAGCUACCACUAGCAGUGCAGAUACGUACUCGACCGUUCUCAAGAAGACCGUCUAG